UGGCUUAAUUAAUUUUUACCAAGAGUGAAGCCUGAUCCGAUGUGGUUGGGCAGUGGUAUUUACAGCGUGAGCCAGUGCUCAAUGUUGCGCAAACUCCUCUGCACCACUCUCCCUCGUUUACCCUCCAAAACCCUAACAAUCAGAAGCUUCUCCUCUUCGAAAAUGGGGGACGCCAGGAGACCCUCACCGCUCCCCAUCCCCACCUUGGACAAAGCCCAACGCUCCGACCUCCUCCGAGCCCUCGAGGCCUCUCUCGGCAGCCCCUUCAGCUCCGAGCCCCUCUCCGCCAACCCCAGCCCCCUCAUCAUCGUCAUCAGCGGCCCCAGCGGCGUCGGCAAGGACGCCCUCAUCGCCCGCCUCCGCGAGUCCCGCCGCGGCCUACACUUCGUCGUCACCGCCACCACGCGCCCCCGCCGCCCCUCCGAGCUCCACGGCCGCGACUACCUCUUCGUCUCCAAGGACGACUUCCUCGCCAUGGUCCACCGCGACGAGCUCCUCGAGUACGCGCUCGUCUACGGCGACUACAAGGGCGUCCCCAAGCAGCAGAUUCGCGAGGCGCUCGCCAAGGGCUGCGACGCCGUGCUCCGGGUCGACAUCCAGGGCGCCGCCACGCUCCGCAAGGCCCUCGGCAAGUCCGCCGUGUUUGUCUUCGUGGCUGCCGAGAGCGAGAUGGCCUUGGUGGAGAGGCUCGUCGACCGGAGGACUGAGACCGUUGAGUCGCUGCUUGUUAGGAUUGGCACCGCUAGGGAGGAGAUGAAGCAUGUUAAGAAUUUUGAUUAUGUUGUGGUGAAUGCCCAGGGGAAGCUUGAUAAUGCCGUGAAAUUGAUGGAGUCGAUUAUUGACGCGGAGAAAGCUAGGGUUUCGCAGAGGAAUCCUCUCCUAUGAGAAAUACUCGCAUGUGACGAGGUUGGUCCUUUGGUCCUUUCCUACAACUGAAGUCCUCAUGGGAUAACAUGUUGGGAGUAAUGCUUGUGGUGAUUCUUCCUAUACUGCAUUAAAAGAAAUACAAGUGUUUUUUCUUGGUGAAUAGAAGUUUGAAUUACAAUGCUUAAUAUCAUUUGUUUAUUUUAUUUAGUGAUCUCUGGUUGGAAAUAGUUAUGUAAGUAGCAAAUUGAAUGUAGUGGAUGAAACAGUGAACUGAACUGACACAGUUAGCAUUGGUACCUUGUGUAAUCCUUCUAAUGAACUGAUUCAAAAAGCCAGUGACUCUGUCAAACCUAAUUGCUAUAGAUUUUUAUGCACAUACUGGGUUCCUUUCUC